AUGGUUGCUCCCGGAAGCAGUGUUUCGACUAGGGAGGAGGCAGCUGCCACUGUGGCAUAUCUGGCCUCCGAUGUUGUUUACUCCGUGCAGCCUUCUCUCUCAGCUCAGACCGGUUUCAGCGCAAUCUUGAAAGUUCUUUCAGCAAAGAACACACCAAAUCUCCUCAGCGAGAACGUGCCGCUUGCUACUGAGGUCGAAAUCCUCCGUCAAAACGCCGACCCAUUCUUGUCUGUGCUCCAGCAGGUCAGCAACGGCAAAGUUGCUUCAGUAACAACUACCUCAGCUACUUUGAUCUCCGCUAUUCCCCACCUUUACAAGCUUGCACGAUACCCCGUCACUAUCCACGUUGCACUUGCGCCCUCCCAAUUCCCCGAUUAUUCCGAGAUCACCUCGAUUCGCCAGUCGGGAUUCUCCAUCCUUCAGUCCACCUCUUUGCGCGAGACCGCUGAUAUAGCGCCUGUUGCUCAUGCUCUCGCUCUCGAGUCUGGCAAGGGUGUUAUUCACUUCUUCGAGUCUGCUCAGGAGGAGCAGUCUGUGGCUGUUGAAUCCAAGCUUAUCGAGCGCAUCGUUGACUUGAACGUGGUUGAUACUGCACGUGCGAAGAAAGCCGCUGGUAGCCAGGUAUACUGGACGAACGACGCUACCGUGGAGGCCAAGGAAUCCACUGAGGUUGCUAACGGUAACGGUGUCAAUGGCCACAGCCAACCUGGUCCUGUCGAUGUCCUUAAGGUUGUCGACAGCUUGUUUAAUGCAGUCAAGCAGGUCACUGGCCGUGCUUAUUCUGCUUUUGAAUAUUCUGGACCCUCUAACGCAGAGGACGUUAUUUUGAUCUUCGGAUCCAACUCUGGUCUUUUCAAAUCCACCAUUUCCGGCGCAUCCUGGGGUGAUGAUACCGCCAGUAAGGUUGGCGUUGUCUCCGUUCGUGUGUACCGCCCUUGGGUUAGUCAGGACUUCCUCAACAUCCUUCCCCGUUCUACCAAACGCGUCGCGGUUCUCGAGCAGAUUCGUCACAAGACGACCCGCUGGGGUCCUCUCUUCCUUGAUGUGCUUACCAGCUUGAAAGCUGAGGGUGCAUGGACCGGAGAGACUCCCAAGGUUGUCGGUGGUCAGUUGGGAUAUAUUACUAAGGACACCGCCAAGCAGGCACUCCGUGGCAUUGUUCAGAACCUCCGCGCUCCCGAGCCUGUUCAGAAUCUUUUGGUUGGUAACGAGACUGGUCCUGAUGAAGAGGACCCUCUCCAGGUUGAGCAGCCCAAAGUUGAGUCUGCUUACAUGAAGAUUCUCAACCAAGUCUUUGGUCAGCGUCUUCAUGUUGCCAACGCGCUUGAGAAGAAUGUUUCUAUCCCUGCAAAUGUCUCUAGCAACCCUGAGUUCGGUCUUGGUCAACUUUUCAACCGCUUCGAGGCACGUCAGGCGUUCGUCGCUCGUGUUAGUCAGAUUGUUAAGGAUUCGGACGCCGUGAAGCCGGAAACCAGUAAGGCAUUGCAGGCUUGGCUGCCGCAUGCCGAGGACAAGGAGAAGGCCCUUGUUCUUGGUCAGGCGGCUAUCGAUGAGCUUGAUAAGGACGAGUCCGAGGAAGCGAAGGAAUUGUUGACCUCUAAAGAUCUGUUUGCCAAGGAAUCCUCAUGGCUUGUCAGCUCUGAUGCCUGGUCCUACGACAUUGGAAACUCUGGUAUUCACCAUCUUGUUUCCUCCGGUAAGAACGUCAACAUGCUCAUCAUCGACAACGAGCCCUAUUCUACUCGCGCGGCUGCUGAUGCUGCUCGUCGCAAGAAGGACAUCGGGUUGUACGCGAUGAAUUACGGUGGCGCUUACGUUGCCUCCGUUGCCGUUUACUCGUCUUACACCGGUGUCCUGAAUGCUCUUCUUGAGGCCGACAAAUUUGACGGUCCUUCUGUCGUUCUCGCUUAUCUUCCAUAUGCCUCUGAGCAAGAUUCUGCUGUUACCAUCUUGCAGGAGACGAAGAAAGCCGUGGACACUGGCUACUGGCCCUUGUACCGCUGGAACCCUGCCUUGGAGAACCAGGGCCAGGAGCCUUUCCAGCUCGACUCGGAGCGUGUCAAGAAGGAGCUCAAGGAUUUCUUGCAAAGAGAGAACCACCUCACUCAGAUUGUCCGCAAAAACCCCGCAUUGGCUCACACUCUUACCCAGUCUUAUGGCACUGAGGUCCGAGCAGAGCAGAAGCGUCAGGCUAAGAUGGCCUUUGACAAGCUUUUGGAAGGAUUGCAGGGGCCCCCUCUGACAAUUCUUUAUGGUUCUGACGGUGGACAAGCCGCGAACCUCGCUAAGCGUCUUGAGCGUCGUGCUAGGGCCCGAGGACUGAAGGCAAAAGCAAUGGCUGCGGAUGACUACCCUGUAGAAGAGCUGCACAAGGAGGUCAACUUCGUUUUCGUCACUGCCACCGCUGGUCAGGGUGAGUUCCCUCAGAACGCUCGACAGUUCUGGGAGACGGUGAAGAGCACUACAGAUCUGGAUCUUGUUAAUGUCAACUUCACUGUUUUCGGUCUUGGAGAUUCCAACUACUGGCCUCGCAAGGAAGAUUAUAUCUACUACAACAAGCCCUCAAAGGACAUGUUCCGUAUCUUGUCUAACUACGGCGGUAAAGUCUUGCUUGAUCUGGGCCUUGGUGAUGACCAGGAUCCCGAUGGCUGGGAGACUGCCUAUGGACCUUGGGAGCAAGGUUUGUGGAAGGCUCUGGGGGUUGAUCAGAUUGAGACCGACGUUGAGGAGCCUAAGCCGCGCACGAACGAGGACAUCAAGAUUGAGUCCAACUUCCUCCGUGGUACUAUUGCUCAGGGCCUGGCUGACGAGACCACUGGUGCUAUUUCCGCCGAUGACGCUCAGUUGGGUAAGUUCCACGGAACUUACAUGCAAGACGACCGUGAUAUCCGUGAUGAGCGCAAAGCGCAAGGAUUGGAGCCCGCAUACAGCUUCAUGGUUCGCAUGCGCUUGCCGGCUGGUGUCUGUACCCCCGAGCAAUGGUUGAAGGUGGAUGAGAUUGCUACUCAGCUUGGUAACGACACUUUCAAGCUCACCACCCGUCAGACCUUCCAGUUCCAUGGCGUUGUCAAGAGGAAUCUCAUUCCUCUCUACCGUGGUGUAAACCAGAUCGCCUUGACUUGUUUGGCUGCUUGUGGUGACGUUGUCCGCACCGUUACCUGUUCGACUAUCCCUGAGCGUGCCAAGGUUCACGAGCAGGUCUACGAAUUCUCUAAGGAAAUCUCGAACGGAUUUUUGCCUGAGACCAACGCGUACCACGAGAUUUGGCUUGACGACGGUACCGGCAAGAAGCAAAUCGGCGGUGACGCCGUUCAAGACCUUGAACCUUUGUACAGUCCUAUCUACCUUCCUCGUAAGUUCAAGAUUGGUAUCGCUGUUCCGCCUUCUAACGAUAUCGACUUGUAUACUCAUGAUUUGGCUUAUAUUGCCAUCGUUGAAGACGAGAAGGUCAUUGGUUACAACGUCUGCAUUGGUGGUGGUAUGGGAACUACGCACAACAACAAGAAGACUUACCCUCGCUUGGCCGAUUGUAUCGGUUAUGUAACGACUGACAAGGCUUUCGCUGUUGGUGAGAAGGUUAUCUCUGUCCAGCGUGACUUUGGCAACCGUUCAGACCGUAAGAAUGCUCGUCUGAAGUACACCAUUGAUGCCAUGGGACUUGACAAGUUCAAGGCUCAUGUCGAGGAGCGUUUGGGUUACAAGCUUGAGCCCGAAAGGCCCUUUGUUUUCGACUCCAACGUUGAUGCCUUCGGCUGGAAGAAGGGUGACACUGGCACGAACCAUUUCACUAUGUUCAUCGAGAAUGGACGUAUCGAGGGUAAGCAAAAGCAGGGUUUGCGCGAGUUGGCUCAAACGGGCAAGGGUCGCUUCCGCUUGACUGCCAACCAGCAUUUGAUGAUUACCGAUAUUGAAGACAAGGAUCUUGAGCAGGUAAAGACUUUACUUGCCAAGUGGGACCUGGACAACCUACAAUACUCAGGUCUUCGCCUUUCUUCGUCGGCAUGUGUUGCUCUGCCUACUUGCGGUUUGGCUAUGGCCGAGUCUGAGCGAUACUUGCCCGUCCUUGUCAGCAAGCUCGAGACCGUCAUGGAAGAGGCUGGACUGAAACACGACCAUAUUGUUAUGCGUAUGACUGGAUGCCCCAACGGUUGUGCUCGUCCGUGGGUUGCCGAGGUUGCGUUUGUCGGCAAGGCUCCUGGCACUUACAACAUGUACCUCGGUGGUGGAUGGCACGGUGAACGGAUCAACAAGCUUUUCAAGGCUUCGAUCAACGAGGAGCAGAUCCUGAAGGUGAUGACCCCCAUGAUUCAACGCUACGCGAAGGAGAGGCACGAAGGCGAGAAGUUUGGUGACUGGAGUAUCCGUGCUGGUUAUGUCAAGCCAACGCUUGCUGGACGUGAGUUCCACAACGACGUUAGCGAGGACCUCUCUGUGGAGUAA